AUGGCUAGGACACGCCCGACCGACCAUUGCCGAACGGUCAGCGAGUCAGAGCAGCGAGAGUUCGAGUCGGUCGACCAGCAGCGACAACAGCAGCAGCAGCAGCAGCAGCAGCAGCAGCUCUUCAAAUUCGACGAACACGAACAGUUCCAACACGAGUGGCACGGCCCCGUCCGCCGAUUCGAAAUCCUCAAAAGCACGACCUUGGGACUGGUUUGCCCGCAGAACCUCGAUCUGAGCGUCGUCGAUGUCGAUGCCGGGAUCGUCCAUAGGGGCCCUCCCGCCGAUCUCUCGACGCUACCGACUUCCCGUCAUGAACCGGUGUUUGUGACCAGUGACAUGAAGUGGUGGAAGCAGAAGCCAUUUCUUCCGCCUUCGUUUCAGAUCUUCCCUGGCGCUGCCCACCAGCGGCACCCGCAGCACAAGUGGCUGCGAGGGAGGGAAGUUCCUCCGCCGGGAAGCGAGGUCAGUGGGCUGCCGCCGACGCCUCCGCACGAAACAGUCAACCAUAUCUACGCCAACCCUAGCGCAGAGCCUGUCGAUGUCCUCAGGAGAACCAACUCCAAAAAGGACGAACCAUACCCUUUAGCGGAGAUCAAGUACCAGGGCUGGCAAGGCUUCACUCGCAUGUCCAUCUCACUGACCGUCUACAACAUCACUCCCGACAUGCACUACUCUCCCUCGGCGCCGCAAGAACUCCACCACGCCACCCCCGACACCCGGUCCCAAUAUACCAUCGCCCGGCGCGGCUGGAAGCGCGAGUACAUCUUGACCAGCUCCUCGUUAUCAUCGCCGAGCUACAAAUGGCAUUCGCCUCCAAGCCACAACAGCCAGGUCCUUUCGAUGCCGGCCGUGGACGACGGCUUUGACCUGGCGAAUGGGAAUCUCCUGCUGGAAGACUCAAAGGGGACCCUCGUGGCCGUGUACAAGCAACGACGGGACCAUCAGGUCUUGGGCGCCUUGACGGUGUUUCUGGCCAAUGUCGCCGGCGGACCAAGCGUCGGGAACCACAUGAGUGGGAACGGGAAUGGACACGGACAUGGACAUGGGAAUGGAAAUGCAGGGCACCACGAGGAGAGAAUCCCUCUCGAGGUCGUCGUGACCAGCUGUCUGGCCGUCGUGGUGUACGAGCGGGUCGGGUGGCAAAAUCUCUUGGGCCAUUGA